AUGCCUCUUGUUGUGCCUGGUAUCAACUCCGAGAUGGGCGACAAGUCCGAGUGGGUCAACAAGCUGAUGGGAAAGAAGAUCAGCGAUGGUGGCAGUGAUGAGCUGUCUUUUGCGAGGAAAGAUCUUCCCAAGUCCCACCGUGUGCUGAAGCCCGAUGAUAUGAAGACGAUGGACCAUAACCCGGAUAGGCUGAAUGUCCACCUUGACCACGACGGUACCGUCCGAGAUGUGACCUACGGUUAG